CGAGACGAAAGCGCCGCCACAGUAGGAAAACCAAGCCAAUCCGACGCCAAAAUGGUCAAGCAGAAAAACCACACCGCCCGUAACAACACGGUGAAGGCUCACCGCAACGGUAUCAAGAAGCCGAAGAACCACCGCUUCCACUCCACGCGCGGCCUGGACCCCAAGUUCCUGCGCAACCAGCACUGGGCCAAGAAGUUCGACAAGAAGCACCGCAACCGCAAGAACAAGGACAAGGAAGAGUAAAUUAAGCGCCAUGGACACUAGUCGACGGAGAGUUUCUCCUUCCUGCGGGCUGCUCUUCCAGUGAACGCCAGUGCUCGGUUUUGGCCGGGGGUGGAAGAAAAUGGAGCGCUUUUCCUUCCUUUUCCUUCUUCUGUUGGCUGAGCCGGAGCUCGGGUGGACGAGUGGCGAGUUAGGGUCGGUCGUGGUUGAUUGGGGCGCGGUGCGGACGAGCACGCGGGAACAGGUUUCUGCAUCGUCGUGUUCCGAGGCGUCGCGUCUUCGCUUGGAAAACCGAAAAUGCAGUAAAGCAGAGGGGGAAUGGCUGUUCCUCUCUCUCUUUCGUUUGCAUCGAU